GCUGGUGUACUUUUUCGGUAACCCUGACGGCAGCGACGACUUCAUGCCAAACAGCGUUCUCAAAGAGUCGUUUUACAGGACCUUGCGCCAGUUUCCCAUCCUGGCUGGACACAUACAUUCACGCAGGAAGGGCAUCCACGAAAUUGUUGUCGAUAAGUACGACUUGAAUAUGCCUGAAUAUCUCGAAUCAUCCGACGAAAGUCUCCACUUCAACAAACUGAGAGACGCAAACUUUAACUUCAACAUAUGGCCGGCAAGUCUGGAAACAGCGGGCGGGCUCUGCAAGGUCCACCAUGACGGGCGUAUCAAACUGCUCAAUGCUCACAUCGUGCGGCUGCAGCAAAACAGUGGCUUGAUUAUUUUUAUCAGCAUUGCCCAUUGCAUUGUGGACAGUGCAGCCAGCUUGUACUUUAUCGCCCGUUGGGCCGAGGAAACACGGGCACUGCUUGGCGGCACUCCUAGCACCACCAGAAUAAUCCCACAGAAUCUGCCUGUGGAACGCAGCCCCAUUGAAAGCUCUAUGCGCGACAUCUACGAAAUGAAGACGCUAUUUGGCAACUUUCUCGCAUCGCUGUCGCCGAAAGUUAGGGCCAGGCUUAUAUACGCGGGUGCAAGUACAAAGAACCUCCGAACCAGUGCGUUUGUUAUAUCGCGGCCAAUUCUCGAGAACUUGCAUGAUGCAAUUGCCGAGUUUGUCCAUGACGGGAUGCGUAUCUCGGACAACGAUAUCGUCACUGCACUCCGCCUCAUGACCAGUCGCUUGAGGAGAUUAAUAAACAAGGUCCUUGGCAAGCAACAAAAGCACCAGGUACUGCUGCAGCAAUGCAUAGGAAUCGCAUGCGAUAUCCGCCACCGCAUUGGCAUCGACCAGACAAAAUAUGUCGGCAAUGGAACGUUCGUGCAGCUCAUGUUUAGCGACCCAGCUGAUGUUGAGCCGACCAUCUCACCACGGUCGCUGGCAUGGAAUGCGACCAGGGUACGGCGAAGUGUGGCCAGCGUCAUGCCUCCUUAUGUAUCUGAAUACUUUGAUAUGGUCAACUCACGGCCGCGCUGCUUCACCAGGAGGCUGGUAUACAUAUCUCGGAACAGGGGCGCAGGGAUGGUGUCUAAUAUGUCCCGCCAAGACCACUAUCUUAUAGAUUUUGGUGGUGGGACGCCGUCGUUUGCAGCGACUAUUCCGAUCAUCGGUGCCAACAACGUAUACAUAUUCCGCUGCCCUCCACCCAGCAGAGAUCUCUUGGUAUACUUGUGUGCUGAUAGCUCGGUCAUGGAGAAGGUUCGCCAAAAUGAGUUUCUAAAUAGCGUUGUGGAGCACCUGUUUACAACGGCUACUUCUGAGUCUUAGAAAUUUCAGCCACUAUUGCGCAAAUAUAUGCUACAC